AUAUUUGGAGGCUUCCUUGCUGGGAACGAACUCACCUAUGCUGAUCUUAUCCUUGCUGAGCAUAUCUAUACAAUGCGUACCGUAUUUCCAGAGUACACCGAAGGCUUUCCCGAGAUCACCAUCCCUGUUACUAGUAUCUUCACUGAUCGUGCUUCGUUCGCUGUCAGAUUCAGAAUCAUCAAAGCGUGGGUCUUCCUGAACUUUUCGAUCCCUCGAUCCUCGCCUGCUUCUGGACGAGGAGAUCCUGCAAUUGAACUUACCUUAGAAGAACUGGAAUCACUGCUAUUCAUUGUUUUUGAAGAUGAAUGGGAACUGCUAGAUUUCGACAUAUUAGACGAGGAUUGCGACGAGCCAGAGCUGCGAGAUGUGGUCGAGCUUUUUGAUGGUGAUGCGGUCGCGGAACUUGGCUCCUCGAAAUGCACUGACUUUGCUGUGACUUCCUAA